AUGUCAAGUCCGUUCCAGUUUCUAAGUCAUUCAGAUCCAGGAAGGCUUGCUACAGAGCCCCAUGAGGCUAAGCCAUCAGAAGUCAGGAAUCCAUCAGCUCAUUCAUCUCAGAAAAAUUCCCCAGAGGCCAUUGAAAUGGGCCCCCCCAGAAACCCAAACACCUACAACAAAAAGGCAACUAACCAAGUGUGUUCUGCUAGCUUGUUGGUGAAAUACAAGAAUCUUUCAGCUGAGCUAAGAAAUCUUCAAAACAAACUCUUCCUAAAGGAGACUUCGUUGCAAGAGAUGAAGAGUGAGCUGAAAAGUUACAGAGAAAAUAAUGUGCAGCAGUCAUUCCAGAUACUGUCCCUGCAGGAUGACAUCAAGGACCUGCAGGAACUUAUUGCUUCUCUAACCAGAAUUAAAUCUCUGAAAAACACCAAUAUCCAGAGUCUAGAAAGAGGCAACUGGGAUCUGACUAAGCGAAUUAUAGGACUAGAAAACUGCCUCAGAAUCCAUCUGGUGGAAAGAGAAACGGCAGAGCAAAAAGCUCAUCUCUUGGAGAAAAGGUUAUCCGAGGCCAGCAGAUUCACCCCUUUUACAAAUGUGAAAGUGCAAGAGGAUUCCUUGGGUACUUUCACAGGGAAGGAUAAAGGUGAAGUUAAUCUGGCUAAGAACUUUGAGAGAAACAACAUUUUCCAUGCUGAAGGACCAAAAGAUGGGCAGAAAAUUUGGGAGAAAUGUCAACAAGACUUGAUCCAUAAAGAAAAGCAAAUACCUGAAUUAGACAGACCUCCACACUCGUGCGAUGGGGAGACUAAAACCGAGCAGUCCCAAUAUCACAGUCUGCUGGGACAGCUGGCGACUCUGCUGAGUGACAGUGUCGGCCCUAUCCCAGCCACAGAGGACGCAGUGAAGGAGAGGAUUCAGGAGAUGGGCGCCAGUGAGCAGUCUUGGAAGUCUAAAACAAAAAGCCUUCAGCAGGAAAUUCAGCUGCUCACUCAGCGCCUGGAGGAGCUGUAUGGUCUGAAUGAGGAAGCUGUUCAGGGGUCAACCCCAAAUGAAGAGAAUUCUUGGGAACAGAAGAGACCCUUCAAAUGCCUGGAAGGAAAAAUUGCUAUCAAUGACUUUUUUCAGAGGAAAUCAGACUUGGACUGGAAGAAAGAAAACCCAGUGGGUAAGAAUUCCCAGAGAAAUGAGCAUGACAUGAAGUUCAAACAGCUAGGCAAAGACAACAUGCAACAAAUGUUGUUGACUCUUCGGCAGAAUCUGCAGAUUGCUACAACACAGAGAAUGGAGGAGAAAAUUCAAAAACUUCAGAAACAGCUCAGUGAUUUGAAACUGUCAAAUAAAAAUAUGAAAACUCAACUGACAAGAGUAAAUAUCCUUAAAGACAAAACAAUUGAGAGGCUCCGGCAAUCUCUAACAAAAGUCGAAACUGGGAAAGAGAAGGUAAUUAGGAAAACAGAAAACUCAAAAACUGCAUUUGACUCUGGAGAGCAAGAAGCAGACAAAGAGAAAGCCCGUUGUCACGUGGACAAUGUCACCCCGGAGCCCUCCACGGCGAAGAGCACGCUGGAGCCUGCAUUAGGGCGAGAGCGAGAGCUUGUUGACUUCCGCGAGACGAUUAUGAAGAUGUUGGGAUUUAACAUGAAGACAGCCAAUAAGGAAAUCAUCAAUCAGCUGAAGCUUAUCAUCCAGGUUUACGAGAUCUCUAACAAGACCAAGAUUGCCCCUGGGUAUGAGAAGGGUCAGGAAAAUGACUGAGGAUGUCCUGCGUGUCCCUAACUGCCAAGAACGCAGAAAAUACACACUUUCUCUCCUGUCCCUUGCAGACGGCUUACACUAGGAAUAAAAUGCCUCGGGAAAUUUUCACUUGAA